AUGGCCCGCCGCGACCCUUUCUUCGAAGCAGGCGGACGCGCCGAGUUCCUCGAUACCCAAGUAGAUGUCUACCAGCGCAUGAACCGCAUGAGCUCGAGGCAGCGUCGUAUAGCGGAAUACGGCAUCUUCGCUCGUUACCUUGAACACUGGCCAGAAGACGCCAAUCGCGCCCGCGAGUACGCGAAGAACAUCAAGGGGACCGCCGUGCUGUCAGAGGUCAACCCCCUACUCAACCUCAUCCAGAACUGGCUGUACGCGCGUCGUCGGUACCGGCUCAGGUGCUAA